AUUUAGAAACAUGGUAAAGGCAUCAGUCUUGAGAAAGAAGAACGAAGAACAAUUAAACAAAGAUCUCGAAGAGUUCAGAAAGAACCUUGCCGAACUCAAGUUCAACAAGGCUUCUGCAUCUCAGCAAAUGAAGGUUUCCAAGCUCAGAACCGUCAGAAAGGACAUCGCCAGAGUCCUCACUGUUUUAAACACUAUGAAAAAGGACGAAGCCAGAGAGAAAUAUGCCAAGGCCAAGUACCAGCCAUUGGACUUGAGAGCCAAGAAGACUAGAAAGAUCAGAAGAAGCAUGACCAAGCACCAGAGAAGGGCCACCACUUUGAAGGAGAGAAAGAGAGCUGAGAACUUCCCACAGAGAACUUUCGCUGUUAUGCAAUAAGUCAGGUUGCCUCCAUGAAUACUAACUAUCUGAAAUAAAUAAAGUCUUG